GCUACCGAGCUCUCGCUUUGCGGCCACGUUUGCGCCACCUACAGCCCGGGAGGGUGUGCGCCAUGGCGGCUUCUCGCCCGCUCCCGGUGACCCAAGGCCUGCCCACAUUGUGUGCCAAGUUUCAGGAGCUCCUGCGGUUCCUGAGGGAAGCCCUAUCCAUUUCCAGUGCACAUACGGUGGACUUCUACACGGAGUCUGUGUGGGAGAAACUGGUCGACUUGCCCCCGGAGACGGUGCUGGCGGCGCUGAGGAGGCCGGCGGCGGCGGCGGCGGCGACCGCCGCUGAGGCCCAACCCUCAGAGGCGCGCCCCCUGGUGGAAGUCGAGAGGGGCUCAGGUAUUACUGAUUUUCCAAAGAUAUUUUGUGAAACUUCCCAGAAGCUGGUGAAUGUGGAAGCCUUUGCUCUGGCUGCAAAAUAUUAUUCUAUACAAAACUUGGGAAUAUGUACUCCUUUUGAACAGUUGCUUGUAGCCCUUCAAGGAAAUCAAAAACAGAAAACCGAUGAAAAUAUGAAGCCAGAUGAGUUUAUGAAUUUGAAAAAAUCUCAUGAAGUUCAGGCAAUGUCAGAGCUCAUCAGCAGUAUUGCUGAUUACUGCGGAAUAAAGCAGAUAAUUGACCUCGGUUCUGGAAAAGGCUACCUGAGCUCCUUUUUGUCCUUGAAAUAUAACUUAAAUGUUUAUGGAAUCGAUUCCUCAAAUACCAAUACUCAUGGAGCUGAGGAGAGAAACAAGAAGUUGAAGAAACAUUGGAAAGUCUAUCAUAGGAGGUCAAAUUUAGAUGUCAAUGAAAUGGGAUUACAAAUGGCAGAAGAAAGGAAAGUGCAAGAUGAAAUUAAAUGCAAAGCAGAUAUUGAAGGAGUAUGUAACAACAGUACUACAAAUCAAGAAAAGCUGUCUACCUCAGAUUUUUUGCCAGAUUUUUCAGGCUCUGUAAUUUCUAACAUCAGGAAACAAAUGGAAAACCUACACGUUUAUUCACAUCAAGAAGAAAAUUUGUGUUUUGAAAAUACUUUUUCUCUCAGAGACCUUUUGCCUAUUAAUGCCAUAGAACCUGCUUCUUCAUGCCAAAUACCCAAGAGAAAAAUGCCUGAAGCAAAUAAAAAGAGAAGAAAAAUGAUAUCAAAGUCAAAUGAAUCAAAUAUAUAUUCACCUUUAACAUCUUUUAUCACUGCUGAUUCAGAACUACAUGAUAUUAUUAAAGAUCUGGAGGAUUGUUUGAUGGUAGGUCUACAUACUUGUGGUGAUCUUGCUCCAAAUACUCUGCGAAUAUUCACUUCCAAGUCUGAAAUCAAGGGAGUUUGCAGCGUGGGUUGUUGCUACCACCUCUUAUCUGAAGAGUUUGAAAACCCACAAAAAGAAUAUACCCAAGAAAAGUGGGGAUUUCCAAUGUGCCACUAUUUAAAGGAAGAGAGAUGGUUCUGUGGUCGUAAUGCCAGAAUGUCAGCAUGUUUGGCAUUGGAACGCGUUGCAGUUGGCCAAGGGCUGCCUACUGAGUCCCUUUUCUAUCGUGCUGUCCUGCAGGAUAUCAUUAAAGACUGCUAUGGCAUCACCAAAUGUGAUCGGCAUGUUGGUAAAAUUUACGCCAAAUCCUCUUCCUUUCUGGAUUAUGUCAAAAAGUCUCUAAAGAAGCUUGGAUUAGAUGAGUCCAAGCUGCCAGAAAAAACUAUAAUGGACUACUACGAGAAGUAUAAGCCUAGAAUGAAUGAGCUGGAGGCUUUUAAUAUGUUGAAAGUUGUUCUUGCUCCUUGUAUAGAGACAUUGAUUCUUCUGGAUCGACUUUGCUACCUGAAAGAGCAGGAUGAUAUUGCAUGGUCUGCGCUUGUGAAGUUGUUUGAUCCUGUGAAAUCUCCCAGGUGUUAUGCUAUUAUUGCGCUGAAGAAGCAGCAGUGAUUUCAGUUGAAGCAAGGUUUCCUCGUACGUGUCAUUUCCUGUGGGAGGCAUUGGCUGAUACUCUGCCCACACCUCCAGCACCACCCAAGUGAGGGGUAAGGACAUCAUCUAGGUCACUUCUGUGUGUCCUCAUGGGAGCACAUGAGCAGUGUGUGUCGUGUGUCAGGCCUCCUUCCUCAAAGGCAGGAAUCAUGAGAAACACCCUUCAAUCUUCUGAUGUGGAGCAUUGUUCAAUCUCACAUUUAUGAAUAAGAUAAAAUAAUAUAAUACAUUAUAUAUUA